ACGCAGACAGGGCCGCACUCCUGGGCACUCUGGGGGAUAGGUGUCCCGAGGCCACCCUGCUGGCAGAAUCUGGGUGGACUAGACCCUCCUGGUGGUUCUGUCCUCAGUUCUUCCUCAAAGCCCGGGUGUGGUCUCCCGGGGUGCCGGGCUGCGGUUCCAGGCGUGGCUGCGGAGAGCCCUUUCUUUUCCUGGGGGGAGCCUCCCUCUCCCCGCCUCCAGGCGGCCGGGCGGGGCUCCAGCCGAAGUGCUCAGUCCCAGCAGGGAGCAGCAGUUUUUGCAGUGCCAACGCUGUGGCCCGAGGCUUCGGUCACUUUUGCCUGAUCCAGCCUGAUGAUGGCCCCACUGGUCACUGUGGUGUCCAGCCCCCGUGCCCGGCUCUUUGCCUGCUUCCUCAGGCUAGGCACUCAGCAGACUGGCUCCCUCCAGCUGCAUACAGGAGCCAGCUGUGCAUCCAAGAACCACUAUGAGGUGCUGGUACUAGGUGGGGGCAGUGGUGGGAUCACCAUGGCUGCCCGCAUGAAGAGGAAAGUGGGUGCAGAGAAUGUAGCCAUCGUGGAGCCCAGCGAGAGACAUUUCUAUCAGCCAAUUUGGACACUGGUGGGUGCUGGUGCCAAACAAUUGUCCUUCUCUGGUCGUCCUACAGCAAGUGUGAUUCCAUCUGGUGUAGAGUGGAUCAAAGCUAGAGUUGUUGAGCUGAACCCAGAUAAGAACUGUGUCCACACUGACAAUGGCAAGGAGAUCUUCUACAAAUAUCUUAUUAUUGCUCUUGGAAUCCAGCUGGACUAUGAGAAGAUUAAAGGCCUACCUGAAGGUUUUGCUCAUCCAAAAAUAGGGUCCAAUUAUUCAGUUAAGACUGUAGAGAAGACAUGGAAAGCUCUGCAGGACUUCAAGGAGGGCAAUGCCAUCUUUACCUUCCCAAAUACUCCAGUGAAGUGUGCUGGAGCCCCCCAGAAGAUCAUGUAUUUAUCAGAAGCCUACUUCAGAAAGACUGGAAAGCGAUCCAAGGCCAAUAUAAUUUUUAACACUGCUCUUGGAACAAUUUUUGGGGUUAAGAAGUAUGCAGAUGCCCUGCAGGAGAUCAUCCAGGAGAGGAACCUCACUGUGAACUACAAGCAAAACCUCAUUGAAGUCCGAGCUGAUAAACAAGAGGCUGUUUUUGAGAACCUGGAUAAACCUGGAGAGACCCAAGUAUUUUCAUAUGAAAUGCUGCAUGUGACACCGCCGAUGAGCUCACCAGAUGUCCUCAAGACAAGUCCGGUGGCUGAUGCUGCUGGCUGGGUGGAUGUAGAUAAAGAAACUCUGCAGCACAAGAAAUACAUGAAUGUGUUUGGGAUCGGGGACUGCACCAACCUUCCUACGUCAAAGACCGCUGCAGCAGUAGCUGCCCAAUCAGGAAUACUUGAUAGAACAAUUUCUCUGAUUAUGAAGAAUCAAAUACCAAAGAAGAAGUAUGAUGGCUAUACAUCCUGUCCACUGGUGACUGGCUACAACCGUGUGAUUCUUGCGGAGUUUGACUACAAAGCUCAGCCACUGGAAACCUUCCCCUUCGAUCAGAGCAAAGAGCGACUUUCCAUGUAUCUCAUGAAAGCCGACCUGAUGCCUUUCCUGUAUUGGAAUGUCAUGCUAAGGGGUUACUGGGGAGGACCAGCCUUUCUUCGGAAAUUGUUUCAUCUGGGUAUGAGUUAAGGAUGGCUCAAUCUUGCUCUCCUUGGAUGGCUUCUAUAUCAGAAUUUCAGAUGCUGAUUGACCCAGAAUGGAAUGAAAGACUAACCCUAUAAAGAGUUUCUUGCUGGAUGAUGGUAACUUUUUCAGUACCUCAGAACAGCCACUAUGUGGGCUGCCCAGGGUGGACUUGGUUGUUUGGAAAUAUUCAAAUGAAAGAAUAAUAGACUUCUAUUUUCUAAAUAAAAUUUUGUCAUUGAUUGA